AUGGUACGACCGACGCGGACGCGGACGCGGAUGUACGCGCUGCUGGUAGCGCUGCUCGUCGGCCUCGAUGCCGUGCAAGGCCUCGCCGUACCCCGUCUGGAUGGAGGGCGACGCGCGGCAAAGGCGUCGAUGUCGAGGUCGGGCGGCCAAGUCGAUCCGAGCCCUACGCUGCCGAUCGCACAUGGAUCCUACAACCUCCAGGGACAUGGCAUCCACGGGCCACCCGCGUCGGCGUAUACCGUCCUUUUCCGCCCGGGCGGACGCACCACCUCCCUCGCCCCGUCCACCUCCUCUUCCUCUUCGCCGUCUCCGUCGAGCCGUACCACCAGCCCGCCCGAGCCGACUCAGACCGCGACAGCCAAUGCCGAGGCGGCACGGCUGCAAAGGGAGAGCGGCCGAGAGACGUUCGCCAAGAGCGUCCCCGCCGUUCCCAAGGUGUUUCGAGAUGCGGCGGGGGCAGAGGUGGCUGUGGACGAGGUCGUGCAGCGGGUCAUGCACGGCCGCGGCAUCGCGGGGCGGCGGGCGAGGCAGCUCGUCGUCUCGUCGCUCAACCAGGCUGGGCGGAACGGCACGGCGGCGCUGCAGAGCCUGGGACUGUCCAGCUCGACCCGCCCGGCGGAAGGGGACACGUCGACCGCCUCGUCGUCGCACCGUCUCGCCGCCGGCGGCGCUCCGACGUCGCCACGGGCGCAGGCGGCCGCACCCAACCUCGCCCGUCUGCGGCUCACGAGCAGCAGCGCGUCGUACGCCCUCGUCUCGAUCCGGCGGGAUCUGCAUCUCCUCCGCGCGUGGGCCGGGGACCUCUCGCAACUCUCGACCCCGGAGCUGCUCGACGAGACGGUGGCGGCCAUCGCGUCGGCCUCGGCGCGCUACUACCCGGACAUACCCACGCUCGCCGCGGCGCGGCUCAUCAUGGCCGAUAUCCUGGCCGAGUCCGACUUUCGGCACGACCUCGUAUCGGGCGCGCGCCUCGACAGCGGGAGCGCGUGGGGGCUCAUGCAGGUCUCUCCGUUCGGGAGCGGACAGGAGCUCAAGCUGUUCCGCGAGCAUGCCGUCGUCGACACCAACUCCUACUCCUGGUCCCCGCCACCCCAAAACGGCGGGGAGGAAACGCAGGGGAUGGGAGCGCUACUCGAUUGGGCGACGGGUAAAGUCCUGGAUCCGUCGGCGCUCAAGACAAAGGACCUGCUGCGGCCCUGGGUCAAUAUCCACAUCGCCUCGUGGAUCCAGAGCAACCUGGCCCGCACGGCAAGCCAGGACCCCUACUCGUGGACGGCCAUCUCGCGCGCCUCGCGCCACUACCUCUCCCUCCCCGCCAACGCCACCACGUCGGCGCGACAGCGGGCGUGGGACGAGUACGCCUCCCUCCUCGCCCAGUCGCCGCGCGGCAUCAAGACGACGUUCAAGACGGGCCUCGGCAGCUGGGUCGCAGGUCCAGCCGCCAGCGGCUCGACGGGGUACGCGGCCAAAGGAGACGAUAUCAGCAAGCAGUACUUUGAUCGAAUCGCCACUGGCCUCUCGGUCCUCUAUGGGUCUAAAAUCAGGACAGAGUGGAUGGAUACCCUGCGCCUCACGCCUGGUCUCGUCGACUUCCGCUAG